AAACAAUAUCAUGACAGCAUUCACCUCUCCACCAACCAUCAAAAACACAAGACAAGUUCAACUAAAACUCACAGACAUUGACCUUCACAAUGAUAAGCCACUCGCAGAUAUUCACAUUUCGAAUAGAUAUCCGUACGAUUUACGAUGUCUCAUUCAACAAGAACAAGAUCUCUUCAAAAUUCGCAUGACCCUCCGAGAUAAUAACAAAACCAUCUUCUCACAAUGCUACGCACCACAAUCAUCUUCGUUUUACUUUAAGGUGGAAAUACCCUGUGAAUGGUUUGGCAGAAAUGUUGACGUCUUGUUGAGUUCUGAAGAGGAAAGAUUAGUUGGCACGUUGAAGUUACCAAGCCAUGCAGAGAUUGUUGCCAUGCCAUGAGAUUGCUAACAAAACCAUCGUUUUUGCAACAAUAUUUGUAAAUAAAAACCUAGAUUGU